UUUGCCCAAGCUAUUCCCUCGCCGAUUCUUCCUUCUCACGCGAUCCCUAACCCUCGCCGUCGCCACUCCUCAGAUCACCCCCGCUCAAGCCCCAAUAGAUCCUCUCCCUUUCUUCUCACUAACAUGCUCUUGUCGUCGCCACUCCUCACACCCACGCUCAUCAUCUCUGUCGCUGCUUCUCACCCUUUUUCCUCCCUAACCGGCGAUCGCCAUUGUCGUUCCUCUCACCCACGUUCACGCAUCCUUGUCACCGCCGCCUCCAGACGCCGCCGGCCUCCAUCACUCGUCUCCACCACGAUUCCUCCACAGCACUGCCUCCUCUGUGAUUCCUUAGGUUUACGGAACAGAAGGAAGAAUUGAUUGGAGGUUUUGGUCUAAUCAAUUUGAAGAUUUAUAGAUAAUACUCGAUGGGUCGUAAAAAAAAGGGAGUAGCAGUUGAGGAGAUACAUGGAGUAGCCGAUGUUGAGCUACAUGGAGUAGUCGAUGCGGAGCUACAUGGAGUUACUGAUAGAGAAGAACGUUCUGUAGAUGUGCAGAAGAAUAAACGAGGUCCUACAUCAAUGUGUAAACUCACUGCAGCUGCAAGAUGGGGGAAAAAAGCGAAGAUUGAUUAUGAUGACAUGGGGCGCCCAUUAUACAAUGCAAAUGGAAAGGCAUUGCAAUCGUACAUUGGCUCUGUUGCUAGAACUAUGGUGCCAAUCAACAUAAAGUCUUGGCCUACUGUUCCAGAAAAUAUAAAACAAAAAGUGUGGGAAGAGAUCUCGAAUGUGUUCGAAUUAGCACCACAAAGCGAGGCUGCUGUGAUGAAUUCAGCAUCUCAAAAAUGGCGAGAUUUCAAAAACAAGCUCACUAGCAGAUUUGUUUGGCCAAAUAAAGACAAUCCUGAAAAAUUAAGUUCUUCACCGAGUCAAUAUCAGAUUCCAAAAGCAGUUUGGAAAGCAUUUGUAGAUGAGAGACUUCAUCCAUCAUGGGAGGUUAUUCAUAACAAGCAAAAAGAACGAACGAUGCAUUAUAAAUACCAUCACAGAUUGUCUCGCAAGGGUUACAUCGGGUUAGAGGCUGAAUUGAGGGAGAAAAAAUUAAUUGCUGAACAUGAGGAAGUUGAUAGAUCAAUACUUUGGCGUAAAGCUCGCGAGGAUAAAUCUGGCAACAUAACAAAUAUGGAGAUAGCAGAAGUCGCCGAAAAAAUUGAUGACUUGUUGGAAAAGAAAGUCAAAGGAGAGUUCAAAUCUUCUGGGAUGAAUGAUGUGUUAACCACUGCCUUAGGAAAUCGAGAACACUAUGGACGUGUUAGAGGCGUGGGAGGAUGUGUAAAACCCCAACUCUACUUUAAAACUGCUAGAAAAAAUAGGGAAUCAGUCCCAAAGGAUUCAAUCGAUAAAUUCAAAGAACAAUCAGAGGAGAAUAAGAGCUUGAAGGCUGAAGUAGAGAAAUUGAAGGCUCAACUUGCCCAGGUCGUUGAUAAUCAAACUUGUGAGGUUGUGAUAUCAAACAAGUCCUCAAACAUGAAUGACCCAAAAUGGAGAGAUGAUGUGGAGGUUUAUGAAUGUGGCACUUCAAACUUGGAGGUUCUAUAAUUCUUAAUUUUAUGUCAAAUUUAUUUUUCUUUCAAAUUUAGAUAUUCAUAUACAAUUUCUUAUUGUUCUUAAA